AUGAGCACGCAAUUAGUGGUGGAGCGACCAUCCUCGCUGUUCCCUCGUCACUCUCCCUAUUCAUUAAACGAACACCCGUUGUCCUUGCCUCCGUCGACCCACAAUUUUCGUUAUGAUCCAAUAAAUUCGGAACAGAACCAGAGCUUCUUCCCUGGACACCAUCAACCAUAUCCUGUCCCAUAUCCAUCUUCAUCAAGAAUGCGCACUGCCACCGACUCAAAUUCCACCAAGCAAUCAAGCACUGGAGGUACCAUGGGAAUGAUAAAUACCAAUCUGAGUGGAGACGAUAACGGAAGCGGCGUCAUCAAAAGAACGAAUAAGACUCAUGUUCCAAGCGCCUGCGUUAACUGCAAGAAGGCUCACCUCGCCUGCGAUGAAGUACGAUUUGCCGGUUGCGAUUGGGACAUGGAUGAACCCUCUUCGAAUAGUCACUUUCCUCGACCCUGCAAACGAUGUGUCGCACUUGGAAAAGUUGAAACCUGCGUUGACAUCAAACACAAGAAGCGCGGCCGCCCAAAGUUGAAGGAUAAGAAGCAGUACCCGUAUGACACACAUGCGACUGCUGAUGCUAAAACAUGGGGAACAAAUCCACAAUUUUUACCACCCACCACCGCCGAUCCGGACCAGCAGUCUGGUAGUCGCCAUCAUGUUGAUCAACCGCCGCCUCCGCAAAAUCAGCAGCAUUCAUUCUCGUCCUUCAUACCAUCACCGCCUCAUCUUCAUUCGCCGCCCGUAAGUAAUCGACCGAUGUCAUUUCAUCGUCCUUCCCAGUAUCUAGAAAAACCUUCCAAACAGCUAAUGAGGUCACCGUCGGUGUCAUCGCUACCGGAGAGUCCGUCGUCCACCAUCACCAUGUACUUGACCAUCGAUGGAGCCACAUGCGCGUCCGUAUCAAAAGAGUGCCUGGGAAUUAUGGGAUACUAUCCGUUAGAACUUGUAAACAAAUCUAUCUACGACUAUAUACUUCCCGGUGAUGUGGCAAAGUUUCAAAAGUUUUUCAAUUCGCUGUUAGAAAGUGUGCACCGAUGUAAUAACACAUCGAAUCAGCACUCGUAUCAAUCGACCAGUGAUCCCAGAUUCUCUCAGUGUUCCAGCCAUGAUGGCAUCGAGGUCUCGGGGACGAUCAACUUGAGGCAAAGAAUUGGUCAGUAUGAUCUGUACAAUGUUCGAAUGUACCUUGAACGAGGUUCCGGUUUUGAUUUCGCGCGAAGGGAAACAUACGUUGUCGCGCUCUUCACCAAGAUCAAGAGUGACACCUACACCCAAUCGGGCGACUGCAGCCCGUAUGUGCGACCACUCAGCGCAGAUCCCGCAUUACAUGCGAUGAACAUUGGUGUCGGGCGAUCUGGUCUCCUGAGUCCAGUCUUAUCCCCGCGGCAGAGUCAUUUUUCAGACAUUCCACCUCCCACGUCAUUGUACGCCGAGGCACCUCCUCCUCCUCCACCAUCGAACCCCCACAAUCCAAACGAUCACUUUAAUCAAUCGCACCAUCAUUUAUCGGAUAGUUAUCAGAAGCACCGUAAUGUCACCAACCAUUUCUCCCCAAUUAUCCCUCGUCCAAGUCCGAUAGUUCCAAGCGUACAUCGACCCGAACCGUUGGUUAAUCCCGGUCCACUUUCGCGUCGCUCAGAGACAUCACCCUCAUUGUUGAUCGAAGGCCGACCUUCCGCCUUUAAUCUCACGCGAUCACCACCCAGUGGCAUUAUAUCACCCAUCUCCACUCCUGCCGCUUAUAAACAAGAAUUCGAAGACUCCAAGCCAAACAUGAAUGCCUCGUAUGUUCACUACGAUCGCCCAGUGAGCUAUCCUCAUCACGUUCAUCAAUCACGUCAUCACGAUGAAAUACCGAAUUUGGCAGAUGGACGCGAUGAAGGUAUGAUGAUACCGAGGGAACCUGGUUCUCGUGGGGAAAACCUCAGAGUAUCUGAUUCUGAAUCCACCAAGAGGAUGAGCGUAACUUCAUUGCUAUGCUAA